GGCGGGCCGAGCUGCGCCGUGGCCCUCCGCUCCCUUUGGGCCGCGCCCGCCACAGAGGGGCUCCCGAGGCCGCGACCGCCUUGCCGAGGGGCCUUCGCUGAGUCAGCGGGCGGGUGGGGCCCGAGGCGAGGCCCGAUCCCUCACGGCUCUCUCGUCUGACCCCCGUCUGGGCGCCGUGCCUUCGGGUCGUCGCCGAGCUCCGUUUUUGGGAAAGCUCUGCGCGGCCCCGGGGCGUUAAAGCUGGGCUGCUGCGGGAGGAUCCUCCUGCCACUGUGCGCGGCCGCGAGCAGCCCUGCGGGCACGGCUGGGCUCUGAGGCUGGAGGGCCGAAAUGCGAUUUCACGGCGCUGCAGGGCGCGCGGAGCGUGGAGGUGAAGGGAGCAGCCGGAGGAUCGUGGGGAAGGAUGGCUGGAAAGGCUUUGGCUGCUCGGCCGGGCUGUGCUGAGCUCUGCACGGAGGAAGCUGCUUGUUUUAGUGUCUCAUCUAUGAGUUGUGUCGGUGCUUUCUGGCUCGGUGUCACAGGGAAGCUGCAGAGCUGACUGAGGUUAAGGAGCGAAUUAAGGACACUGUUGCACUGCCUUUCAUCUGCAUAGAUCCGCUCUUAGAGCAACUGUAACACACGUCUUCUGUCCAAUACUUAGAAAAUUCAGGCAUCAAAAGUGGAUAACAAACUUCCUAGGUGCAUAUUUACCCUGAGCUUAUAGCUUUGUCUGAGUUGUUACAGGCCAUUCAAUAAAAUCACUCCUCCAAGUGUUAAACUGCCUGGUAAGGACACGGGUAGCAGCUGCAUUCUCUCCUGGUUCUGUUGUCCUGCUGCUGGGUGCCCUGCAGUGGUGCUGGUUGGAUUCCCACACACUUCUGGCUCAGUGUUUUAUCUUUCUGCGCUUAUUUGCCUGUAGCAGUUUUUUGUUGUUCACUAUAAAGCUGGUGUGACAAUUCUGUAAGACCAUGUGAAGAAUUAGUCAUUAUUUUUUUUUGCAACUGACAACUUUCCAUUAAGGUGGAAAAAAAAAAAUACUUUUCAAAAGACCAGCCUUGCAUGCAAGAGAGCUCCUAGUUUUAAGUCACCAGUUUUAAGAAUGCUUUUCUGAAAAGUUAUUUAACUGUUACUUAAGAAGGAGGGAGAACUACGCAUCAUUUGUUUUGUGCAGGAGAAAGGAAUAUUGACGUUUCCACUCUCUGCUGCUGGAAAGCAGAAAGCAAGUCUUGGCUGGAUGGCUCAGUGUGGAGGGCAGUGAGCUGCAGGUACCAACCAGGGUCAGUCGUGCCCUGAGCUCUGCAGGCUUUUCUCUGUGCUGUGUGAAGGUUCCUGGUUACAGCUGAGGUGAACGUGGCUCUCAAAACAGUUGGGCUAGUGAGUUUUGUUUGUUGCAUACCUGUUUGAUGUUAUUACUGCCCACAGCUUAGAAGCAGAAGGACCGACCGCACUGCUGGCCUUGCAACACUUGUAGUGUCAGCAUACAGCAGUAAGAGUGGAGCACCAGGUUUGUGUAGGUCAGAGAGGUGCUUUUGAUGUUCCACUCUUAACAACGUGUUCAUGCAAGUGCCUUGUGGGGCAUGUUUAGUCCUAUGGCUCUGUGCCUCAGCUUCUCUCUGCACCACAGUAAGGACUCCUUUCUGAGCUUUUCUGCUUCGUGUGUGUUAAGAUGGAAAGCAGUCACUGCAGGGACUGCAGUGCCAUCACUGGGCUGACGUGUGCUCUGGUUGGUCGAGGUUUGCAGGCUCAAACCCAAUGUUCUGUGUCUUUACACUUGAAGGGGUAGAGGCUGCUGUCCAGGCUGCUGUCCUGGAAUAAAGAAAACAAAACAGAAGAACUUAGAAUAGGUAAGAAAAAAAAAGGUGAACAAAAAUAUGUUUAAAAGAUAGUUGUACCACUCAGCUUCCUUCUGCAAAAAAACCAGUGUACUUCUAUUGGUUCUUGUUGUUGUUUAAUAGGUUUCCAUGAGCCACUUGACUGCAAUUACGUGUAUGACCCAAACAGUGUAGGUUCCAAAUUCCAACUUGAAGUAUAAAUCUGAUAGAGAAUCUGGUGCUGAAGGCUUUCAAGGAUAAAAAAGUAGCAGUGAAAUGCGUGCAUUUAUCUUUAUAGUGUUUGAGAUAAAACAGUAGGGCUCAAACCAGAAAUACAGUCAAUAUGGAAUAAAGUUAUUUGGAGGUACUUUAGUUUUGUUAGCCCCUGCGUAAGAGAACAGCAGAGCAGCUCCAGGGAGGGCCUGAAAGAUGUUUCCCUCUCAAAGAAGCAGAGCAUGAGUUUGGAAUUCAGUUUGGUUCGUUUGUUUGAAGAUCCAGAAAUGUUUUUUAGAGUUUCACCGUGAGUCCUAAAAGAACUGAGUUACUUCUGGAGAAAGUCCUACAGGGAGGCAGCCUUACAAAGCUGUUGUACCUCUCGCUCUCGUCCCUUCAGCUCUUGUUCUUCGCCUACAAUUGACUGUCAGUCUCUCCUCCUUCACUUUGCAUCACCUCUUCAAAUUCCUUACUUUUUCUGUGAAGAACUCUGCUUCAGUGCAGGAGAGAAGGAGCUCCUUGUGCCUGCUUCAGCCUCUCGGAAGCAAAUCUUACCUACUUUGGGUUGUAGCUGGGAAGGGGGGCUGGCUGGGCUGCGCCGAUGUUUGUGUGCUGCAUUCCUCGUGCUCUGGGAUUGCACACAGCGCGCUUUGGGAUGAUGAGAGAUGGGAUGGCGAGGCCCUGUGGCAGCAGGACACGUGUUACGUGGGUCUUAGGAUACUCAGUUUUGUCCCUUUUUCUUUUUUCUGCGUGCUUCCAGGCAGGAGCUACUUCCAUGUGGGCUUCCUGCUGCGGGUUGCUGAAUGAAGUCAUGGGGACUGGGGCUGUCCGUGGCCAGCAGGCCGGCUUUGCGGGAGGCGCCGGCCCGUUCCGCUUCGCCCCGAACGCGGCUUUCUCGUCGUGUCCAUCUCCAGCUGCAGCAGCUGCUAACGUGGUUUGCAAAGCCUGUGGACUGCCCUUCUCAGUUUUUAGGAAAAAACACGUGUGUUGUGACUGCAAGAAGGAUUUCUGCUCCGUUUGUUCCGUCUUACAAGAGAAUCUCCGAAGAUGUUCGACUUGUCACUUGCUGCAAGAAACAGCAUUUCAGCGGCCACAGCUGAUGAGACUGAAAGUCAAGGAUCUGCGCCAGUACCUUGUUCUCAGAAACAUCCCGACAGAUACCUGCAGGGAGAAGGAAGACCUGGUGGAUCUCGUGCUGUGCCACCACUUAGGCUCAGAGGAGGACAUGGACGCUGGCAGCUUGCGCUCGUCGCGCUCACAGACUUCUGGGUUUUUUACUCAUCCAUUUUCUAUGUCUGUGUCGGUGUCGUCCCAAGGAGAACUUGCAAACAGAGGGGGAAGCACAGGAAAUGGGACACCUUUACGGGGCCAAACUGAAACAUCUUCUAUAAAUAAUGAUGAAGAAGAAAGUGCCGAGGAACAGACUCCCGGAUUGUCCAGAAAACGAGCGAGAGCCUCUCUGUCUGAUAUUUCAAGUCUGGAGGACAUCGAAGGCUUGAGUGUUCGGCAGCUGAAGGAGAUCCUUGCGUGUAAUUUUGUCAACUAUUCAGGAUGCUGUGAGAAAUGGGAACUUGUGGAGAAAGUGAGCAGGCUGUACAGAGAGAGUGAGGAAAACCACAAAACACAGGGUGAGAAGGUACAGCUGAACGACAACGAUGACAACUUGUGCCGGAUCUGCAUGGAUGCAGUGAUCGACUGCGUGCUGCUGGAGUGCGGCCACAUGGUGACCUGCACCAAGUGCGGCAAGAGGAUGAGCGAGUGCCCCAUCUGCCGGCAGUACGUUGUGCGGGCUGUGCAUGUCUUUAAGUCUUAAACGAAGACCAAAAGCCAAUUUUAGUCACCUCUGACUACCAGGAUUUCUGUGGGCAGGAGUGCUGAACCCUGGGGCGUAGAUCAGAUUUUUAAUUCUCAAACGCAACAUUUUGAACAUCAGGACGUAGAAUUUAUGAAGACUUUUUUACAGCAUACUUAAUCUGACGGUUGGGCAGGAUGAUGUGAUGCCUGUGCGCACAGUGACAGAGCUGCCUGACUUUCCUUAAACCCACAAACUGAGUCAAACUGUUUACAGCAGUUAUUGCUCUCUUCUGAAGAAUAUCAGCCCUAGUUAUUGCAUUCAGUACUCAGCAAGAGGUCACAGAAACCACCUUUGCUCAACCAUCCUUGCGUUACGCUGUCCAGUCCUCUAGAACUUAUUGGUUGAACAUUCUGUUCUUAUGCAAUUAAACAAAUAUAGAAUGUAACUGACACUGUUCCUGUAACAGUGUUAACAGUAUAAAGACUCAAGAAAGCACUGCCAUUAACUGUACCUGCACAGAAGACAUUAAGCAAUCUGUUUGACAGGGAUUGCUGCGCUCUGAAUGUCAGACAUUACCCCUGUGUUCUCUUGGCCGUUCUCUGUCACUCUGUAGGGCUCUCUCAUGUGGUAUCCAAGUACUGCUUACUAAGUACUUUAGUUUAGGAAUGAUUUUUUAAGAAAGGAGGUACAGGAAACCACGUUCUUGUGGUUCUGAAUCCACUCCUGCCUAUUGUAACUAUUAAUCUAAUGUGAUGAUUGUACUUCAUGUGCCGACAACCUGAUCUUACUGUGAAUACUAAUCAGGGUCAUGAAACUACUUGCUGCUAACACGUGGAAUGUAUAGCACUGCUAACCUUAAGGAGGGAUGGUUUUAUUAAGGACAGGGGAAAGGAAACCUCAUCUUUAAAACCUCACAUUCACCAACAUUAACCAAGGCUGAGUCACUAUUACCCCUGCUUCCCAUCAGCUGCUGCAUACCUCGCUGCUGGCGGCUCAGCUUCCAGCAGGGUGUUGUGUUGGAGCAAAGACCUCAGUGCCUGGGGCUGCCCAUGCAGCCUUCUGAGGGAAGCUGCAAAAUCACUUCAGAUGUGGGGACAGGAUCCCUGUGUUCAAGCAGUCCAAGAGUAAGUUAAAAGAAAAAAAAAAGAUGAAAGAAAGUUCAGCUAAAGCUACAGUUUCUCCUUUGAAUUUCCCCCAUGCUAACAAAGUAAUGGAGGUAAGAAAAUGAUUUGCCAGGGCUUCAAUGUCAGGUAAUUCUUACCUCUGCUACACUGCCUGUCAUUCCGGCUCUCUUGUCUUUAUGCGGCUGGCUUGAAAAUGAGAAAGCAGCUCCUCCUCAAAACAAAAUAUGCAGCUUUAAGACACUGCUGACUAUUUUUCAGAAGGGAGCAAACCUCUCAAUGGCUUUAUUUUUUAGAGUAACUUUUUAAUGCUACUUGAUUCCCGGAGUCUCCGUUGAGUGGGUAAGCUGAUGAAAAAAGAACCGUAUAUUACUUCCAUGCUGAUCGUUAGCCACACAAGCUUAAUAAAGAUUUGUGAUGGGC